ACGCAAGACGGUAAGUUAGCGCGCCCCUACCCGUGGGGAGAGUUUCCGCCAUUUUUGAAAAUUGGGACGGUCCGGGGCUAAGUGGAGUGGCCGCCGCGAUGGCAGCCUUUGCUGUAGAACCCCAGGCGCCCACUUUAGGAUCUGAGCCAAUGUUGCUGGGUUCUCCUACAUCUCCCAAGCCAGGGGUUAAUGCCCAAUUUUUACCUGGAUUUUUAAUGGGGGAUUUGCCAGCCCCAGUGACUCCACAACCCCGAUCAAUUAGUGGCCCUUCAGUGGGAGUAAUGGAAAUGAGAUCACCUUUACUUGCAGGUGGGUCACCACCACAACCAGUUGUACCAGCUCAUAAAGAUAAAAGUGGAGCUCCACCAGUUAGAAGUAUAUAUGAUGAUAUUUCCAGCCCAGGACUUGGAUCAACACCUUUAACUUCAAGAAGACAGCCAAAUGUUUCAGUAAUGCAGAGUCCUCUUGUUGGAGUUAUGACAACUACUCCUGGAACAGGACAAAGUAUAUUUAGUCCAGCAAACAUUGGUCAGCCACGAAAGACAACACUGUCUCCUGCUCAGUUGGACCCUUUUUAUACUCAAGGAGAUUCUCUGACUUCUGAAGAUCAUCUUGAUGACAAUUGGGUAACUGUGUUUGGGUUUCCUCAAGCAUCUGCUUCUUAUAUAUUAUUACAAUUUGCACAAUAUGGAAAUAUCUUAAAGCAUGUGAUGUCUAACACAGGGAAUUGGAUGCAUAUUCGUUACCAAUCUAAAUUGCAGGCCCGGAAGGCCUUAAGUAAAGAUGGGAGGAUUUUUGGAGAGUCCAUCAUGAUUGGUGUGAAACCAUGUAUAGAUAAAAACGUUAUGGAAAACAGUGACAGAUAUACUUUAUCAUCCCCAUCUCUAGCCUUUACACCACCUAUCAAAACUUUAGGUACACCAAUCCAACCUGGAAGUACUCCUAGGAUUUCUACCAUGCGACCUCUUGCUACAGCAUACAAAGCUUCUACUAGUGACUAUCAGGUUAUUUCUGACCGACAAACACCAAAAAAAGAUGAAAGUCUUGUAUCCAAAGCCAUGGAGUAUAUGUUUGGCUGGUAGCAUAGUAAGAGCUAAGAAAUCAACUACAGAGGAGGAAGCUGCUACAUUAAAACAAAGUUAGAGUGCUGUCAGGUUUUCUUUGGUUAGUUAUAUAACCACCCUUGGCAGUUUUGGAUAGGUAUGUUUUACUUCUUUAGAAGGUCUUUUCUUUAAGGAUACAGCAUAUUUGUAGCUUGCACUUUAAAAGAUGCUUGAAAUAUGUUUUAAAGAAACAGGAUUCCUGUAAGUAAGAUUUUGUGCUUUCUGUUGCAGUGCAUGCUUAUGGACAAAAAACUCAGCAUUGGUUACUAUAAUUUAUAUAACUGAUUUUGUGGUGAGACUGUAGCCUUUGUGAGUUGGUAGUGUAAAUUUCAGAAAGGGUAAACUAUACAGCUGCUUCUAACAAGACACAAAGAUUAUAAUUAACAAUUUGAAUUAUGGUCUUUUAAUUUAGAUAGUAUUUAAUAUUUUAAUUAUCCUUGUUUGUAUAUGUUCUGUUGUGGAUUGUCAUCUUUCACUCUUCUACAAGAGAAGUCUUUUUAAAAACCUGCUAAAGUUUCUUGAUAAUAAACGUUGUCAGUUAUA